AUGAAAGUAAUUGCGGCAUUCUUUCCAUUGGGCAGUGUCAGCCUAGUGAGAAAUGUCAACGUUGGUCUAGGAAGUUUGCUUUCGAUAAGUAGAACUGUUAAUGGUGGUAGUCUAAUUGAAGCUUUUGGAUCGUUAAGGCGGAAAAGUACUCAAGCGUCCGUUGUCCCACAAAAAAAUAAGCGUCUUGGAGGACCGUAUCCGGUGCGUGUAGUGAAUGGUAAAAAUCCAAAGCGAAUCCCACAACCCUAUCGACUACGAGGUGUUCCUCGACUGCCUGAUCCGCCAAAAAUAGAUCCCAACAGACCAAUAGUACAAUAUCCGUAUUUUGUUGAACGGUCGCGAUACGGAGAACUUCCCGUAUAUUACAGCAUCAAAAAUGGACGAACACGUCAAUUGACUACUAUAAGGAGAAUUGAAGGAAGUCUUCAGGCUCUUCGUGAUGAUAUUGUAAAAGAGCUGUUCCCAGGUGCAUUAAAGGGUGAUAUAAAAAUUAACGAAACGUCACGUCAAAUAAUCAUCAAAGGAAACGUUCGAAGAGAUGUCAUGCAAUGGCUACAUGAUAAGGGAUUCUGA